UCGCUCAGCGUAAGUGCGUUUGAAUCACAUGAAGCUGAUUACAUACUGAAGAACUGCGAACUGUCAUAUCAUUCGAGACUGCGUGGAUUGACAGAGAAGACAAUGUGCUGAAAUGACAACGAAUAUAGAGACACGAAAAAGGAAACUCGACACAAAAACUCAAGAUUCUCCAGAGGACCAUGAUGGAGCUCAUCUGCCUGGCUCUGGCUGUGACCGGGUUUGUGUAGCUCACAUUCAUUCAGAGCCCAGCGAUGGCCCUGCUCAGUCCUGUUUACAGCAAACAAGUGCCUCCUACACACCUAAAAACCAACAGAGAACAUGCAGCUUUGGUGAUGAAAUACACGAUGAGAACCCGUCCAAGACCACCUUAAGUGCUGAAAAUGAAGUAGAAGCUCAAAAACUCGCAAAUAAUUAUAAGUUUGGAUUCAGGAAGUGGAAGAGUCAUGUGACAGAACGGCCCUUUGAGUACAGGUCGGAUAUUGUGAAGGAGCUUUACUCUGAGCUGAACGUUAUUAAACCUUACUCAGCAGGUUCAUUGUUCACUUGUGGCAAUGUUCUCUACGUGCUUCUGUUUGGCUGGUGGAUCUCUCUGGUUUAUGUUUUCGUUGGUGUCCUAAUGUUCCUCACAGUUUUUGGCAUCCCCUAUGGGAAUCUCUGCUGGAGGUUGUCUUGCUAUUUUCUGUGGCCAUUUGGGAAAUCAAUCGCAAAGGCCAGUGUCUCUGUGCCAGUGUACAGUGUGAAGAUCCUUCAGUGUAAUUCCACUCGAGAGGCAGAGGAGAACGGAAAGCCUUCCUCUCCUCUCCUGCUGCCCACACCCAUGGAGGAGACCAUGGAAGAGCCCACAGGAAGUCCACAGGACCACCACUACUGGUGGCGCUUGAGAACAUAUGCAUGGCUGUUUGUGGGUUACCCUCUCCUCGUCGUCACACACUCUGUGGUGUGUCUGAUCUCCUGGCUGCUGGUUUUCACCAUUCCUGUGGCCAAGAUGAGCGGCAAGACCUUACACACCAUCCUGCUCAUGCCCCCCGAACACAUUCACAUCAACCACGCCACGGCGGCCCAGGAGAAUGAAGGCCAAGUCAUUCUGUGUUGCUACUAUGCAGUGAAUCUCUACUACUAUAAAUACACAGUGGAUGGGAUCAAUGUUUUUGCUGUCAAUCUCUUACCAUUAGUUAUAGUGUCACUAAUAAUUGGUUACGUGGACAAAACAAACCAGUUUGCCAGCUCAGAAGUCAAGUUUGCCACAGCAAUCAGCUCCAUCAUUCCACUGUCGUAUUAUAUUGGCAUGGGCAUUGCAAGUAUUUCCGCUCAGAGUAACUUUGCUGUCGGGGCCGUGGUGAACGCAACAUUCGGUUCCAUCACAGAGUUGACCUUUUACAUCACGGCAUUGCUCAGAGGUCACCACCAGGGAAACAAGUGCCUGCAGGAGAUAGUGAAGUCGGCUCUUACUGGAACCCUGUUGGGCUGCAUCCUCUUCAUACCAGGGAUCUGUAUGAUAAUCGGAGGACUCAGGCACAGUGAGCAGAGGUUUAACAGUCGCUCAGCGGGGGUCAGCUCCUCUCUGCUCUUCAUAUCAAUAGGGGGAGUGUUUGCCCCUACGCUCUUCUCCAAAGCCUAUGGGAAUCUAGUGUGUGAGGACUGUACCAACUCUACAGGAACCAACAGCAGCGGAUCCUUCAUGUGCAAAAAUUGCCACUACGACCUGAGUGAAAACAACUACAGCUUGUUUCACAGUCACAUUGAGCCUCUAGUGUACACCAUUUCCAUUCUACUGCCCAUAUCCUAUAUCAUCGGCCUCAUCUUUACACUUAAAACUCAUUCACACAUUUACGACAUUCACGUUGGUGACGGACCGGCAGGUCAUCUUGGAGCGUCUGUACACUGGUCCCGUUGGAGAGCUUUGCUUAUCCUCAUCAUUGCCACAGUCCUGAUGUCUGCGUGUGCCGAUCUGACCACCGAACACAUUCAGCCCAUACUCAACCGCUCGUCUGUAUCUCAGUAUUUCAUAGGUGUGACUCUUUUGGCCAUGAUCCCUGAAAUCCCAGAAAUUGUCAAUGGAGUGCAGUUUGCUCUUCAGAAUCAAAUCAGUUUGAGUUUCGAGGUUGGAAGCUGCAUCGCGGUGCAGGUGUGCAUGAUUCAGAUCCCCAUCCUGGUUUUAUUCAACAUCUUUUAUGACGUUGGCUUUGUACUCGUCUUCAGCGACCUGCAUCUGUGGGCCAGCAUCUUUAGUGUCAUCGUUGUGAAUUAUAGUUUUAUGGACGGAAAGUCGGAUUACUUUCAAGGUACUGCUCUUGUGGUGGUGUAUCUCAUCCUGUUGGCAAUGUAUUUUUUUGCUCCAUCUCCUGCUGGUUGUUGAGAGGCAAAGACAUUUCAGCACAAUACAUUGGUUAUGAAAUUUACAAUAUGAAACACUGUUGUGGUUUCAGAUUAAUGUUAGAUUUAGACUAAUGUUAGUGUUUUAGACUAUUAUUCAUAACAUUUUAUUAUUUCGUACAUCAGUAACAAUUCUUUUCUGUUGUGUUCAACAAGAAUCUGAUCUGAUUUAGCACUUUACUUGCAGAAGUACAGAAGAAUACUUGUGAUGAUAGGGUUUAU